AUGAAGUCUGACUACUAUCUCAAUCUCUGUCUCGAGCAGGCCGCGCUCUCGCCCCUCCACUUCCGCCACGGCUGCGUUGUCGUCAAGGGCGGCAAGGUCAUCGGCCAGGGCUUCAAUGAUUACCGCCCCGGCUACGAUGGCGGCGCUCUCAAGACCGGUCGCCUCUCCUCUCGCGCCUCUCCUCUCGCCUCCGACGCCCAUAGCAGAACAAAGAAUCCGCCCGGCGCCAAGCGCGACUUCACGGCUUUCGAGACCGUCGGCGGUACAACGCGCGGCGCCGGGCCUCACGGCACCGUGGGCCUCAGCAUGCACUCCGAGAUGAUGGCCAUCCACUCUGCUCUCGCCUCAUCGAGCACCCUUGCUGCCAGCACCGUGUCCUAUAUCAAACCGUCGCUCAAACUACCUGGUGAUUAUAAACACAAACUACGUGACGCCGUUCGGUCCUACACCGAGAGAGUCUGUCUCGAGGCAGUGGGGCAACAUGUUCAACAAGCCAGCACGAAGCUGGCCGAGAACUACAUCACCGUGACAUAUUGA